AUGGACUCUAAAGGUGACUAUCAAGGCUUCGACAACGGGUUUGAGGGGUUUCCCAAGCGACUUCCCGAUGAUUGUGUUGAAUACUCAUUGUUCGUCAUUGAUGCAAAGCUCAAGCCGCAAAAAGAGAUACUGUCAAGACUUGAAUAUAUACGAAAGGAGGGUAAUAAAUUAGCAGAAAGCCUGUUGAAGGAAUACAUAUGGCAGCGGGAGGGAUUUCAAUUAAGUGUGAAAACCGACAAAGGUAGUGCUCUACUUCACAAGGGAACAGGCCAAUAUGCUAACACUACCCCAGGCAUGACUUUCUUACAUGGGCUUACCAAUUAUGGGGAUUCUGUCGAAGACGAGUGGCUCAUUGUAUAUAUCCUCAAAGAGUUAAGCAACCGGUUUCAAGAUUUAUGGAUCAAAGUGACAGAUACUGAUGGGGAGUUCUUGUUGAUUGAAGCAGCAAAUGCCUUGCCACGAUGGUUGAAUCCAGAAAUCGCAGACAACAGAGUAUGGCUUCAUAGCAAUUCUUUGCGGCUUAUUCCGCCCAGUGACUCACUAACACCAGCUUUAUCGUCAUCUCUGGACUUGGAAGAAGCUUGCAGGAUAAUUGCAACGAACCCAUCAACAUUGAUACAUUCGCCCUUGAUCGAGGCUGAAGCGUUCUACCGGCUCCGGAAUUACCCUUCUCAAAUUCAGGCUUCUCUGCAUCAUGCUGUUGUCACAAUACCGAGAAAGCUGGCGUAUAUAUUACACGUCCGUCCAGCGUACAUUGCGCCUGCUGUUGAAGCAUUUUAUCUCCGGGAUCCUAUAGCGAUGAAAUCAUUGGGAGCAUCGUCGUCGAAUCACAAAUUUCCAGCCGAGGACCUUGUCACUGUGUCUGUUCGACUUACCAAAGUUCUGUACGCACAAGUGAAUUCCCAACAAUUCUCGCCGCCCCCAGUCUGGAAAGACCAGCUGGCCAAGGCCAAAAGUUUGCCGGUUUCCGCAGGUGCGAAACCACAUACGCGAUUAGAAACAGGAAUGAAAAUCACAUCGGGUGUUGAGAUGCUAGUUACGGAUCCCAAGAAUGAAGAUAAUCGGAGUGUCCGAGAAAUACGAAUUCUCCUUGACGAUCUUGCUGCUGGAGACGAGCUUCUUCCUACGGACGAUGAAAUAUCUACGUGGGAGAAUGUGCUCAGGGAGGACGAUGAAAAAUGGAUGGAUAUCAACUUUGAGGAUUUCGAGAGAGAAUUGGAUGGGAAAAGAAAAGCCCAGACAGCAGAUAAACCAGGAACUUUUGGACCCCUGCCUCCUUCUGGAUUUGGUGAUGCGAAUACUCAAGCAGAUUUGAAGAAGAUGGUCGAGCGGUUCGAAACAUUUCUGAACAACGAUGAAGCUGAUAUGGAUGGAGUGGACGUUGAUGAUAUGGACAUCGAUAACGACGAUGAUGAUAGUGACGAGGAUAGUGAUGAUGAGGAUAAGGCGAUGAGUUUCGACGAAGCUGAAUUUUCGCGCAUGAUGAGAGAGAUGAUGGGACUUCCCGCGGAUGAAGAAACAAUCAAUCCUAAAUCUACCGAAACGGACCCAGGAAAGCUCAGUAAUGAUAGGCGUCUUGAAGAGCUAGACUCCGACGAUGGGGAUGAGGAGGAAGAAAUUCAGAAGCUCAUGAAGGGAAUGGAAGCCGAACUCAACGAAGCCGGCGCAUUGAAUCUUAAUCCUGCCCCUAAAAUGUCGGGUUCGGGGACCUCGUUAAGGAGGGCGACAGAUGAUGGUGAACAAGAAGAUAAUGAAUCGAGCGAUGAUGAGGAUGUCAACAUUGACUUCAAUCUUGCAAAGAAUCUACUGGAAAGUUUCAAAAGUCAGGCUGGAAUGCCAGGCCCAGGGGGUAACUUACUAGGGUUGAUGGGUUUACAACUUCCACGAGACGAGGAUGACGAGCAGCAGCCAACUGUGAAGAAAUCUUGA